UCGGAGCAGCGCUUCCCUGGCUCUCCCUCUUCCCAACCUUCUUUCCCUGACUCCCAAUCCCCUGAGGCCCAUCAUAGGGUCCCCUUAGAACUUUCCGUCCCCCCUCCUGCCGAACCCUAAGAUUUCAACCAAUUAGCCGGGUCGGGGACUGCAUGUUGGCUAUCUUGCCUAAGGAAGUGCCUUGGCAGAAAAGGAGGAAGAAGGGCUCUGGAGGGAAUAGGGAAGGGAGUUGUUCUGAGAGCCCCUCCCUUCAACUUAGUAGGCAAAACAACCAAUUUUUUCAAGGACAGAACUGAGACAGUAGGAUGUUUGAGCUAUAGGGGAUGGCAUCCACAUCUGCCAGGAGUGGGGACAAAAAGGACAUCAGGUCAUCUCAAGCUGCCGCCUCCUUAGGUGGAGGGCAGAAAGUCUCAUUAUCCUGCUCUGAAGAAUUCCUGACCCGAAUCAGCACAGAACUUACAGACGAAGCACUGUUUAUUGCUCGCUCCCGUUUGAGUCCUCUGCCCAAUAAGGAAAAGAACACAAAAGACCAAGGGACUCAGAUAUCUAGACAUGUGUUCUUCACUAAGACCCGAGGCACUGACACCCGCUCUGACAAAAAUCGAACCCGAACCAAGGCACACCUUCUGCCUUCUCCUCGUGAAAAGGGACCACUCCCCAACAGCCUGACAACUGGAGGAUGAGCUUGGCCCUCCCUAAUACUGCUCUCUCAGCUUCUUGCCUUCCCCCACUAUGUCCCUCAGUGAAAACCUCAAAGCCCCUCUUUUGCAACUGGCUACGCCUCUCAUCUUGGGAGGAAUGCCUGGUCAUAAGCAAUGCCACCUUUGAAACCAAGAAAAUCUUCUGGAACUGUUGCGGGGCCCUCCACCCUCCAUGGGCAAACGCUACUGAGAAGAAAAUGUUUCAAUAAAGAACCAGGAUCCUCUCUUC